AUGUCAAGCAAAAGAGUUAAGACCAAGACCACCAAGAAGCACCCUCAGCAUGCAACAUCUAAUGUGUUUGCUAAGUUUGACCAGUCACAGAUUCAGGAGUUCAAAGAGGCCUUCAACAUGAUUGAUCAGAACAGAGAUGGUUACAUUGACAAGGAAGAUUUGCAUGAUAUGCUUGCUUCACUGGGGAAGAAUCCAACUGAUGAGUAUCUGGAUGCCAUGAUGAAUGAGGCUCCAGGCCCCAUCGAUUUCACCACAUUCCUCACCAUGUUUGGUGAGAAGUUAAAUGGCACAGAUCCUGAAGAUGUCAUCAGAAAUGCUUUUGCUUGCUUUGAUGAGGAAGCAACUGGCACCAUUCAGGAAGAUUACCUGAGAGAGCUGCUGACAACCAUGGGGGAUCAGUUUAUGGAUGAGGAAGUGGAUGAGUUGUACAGAGAAGCACCUAUUGAGAAAAAGGGGAACUACAAUUACAUUGAGUUCACAAGCAUCCUGAAACGUGGAUCAAAAGACAAAGAUGACUCAAAGAACUUCAAAUUCCAGCCAAACAUUCCUUGUUGCCAUUUUGGGGUAUUUCUGAUAUUUUUCUCUUGCAUGCCCUUAGCUUUAUGGCUUUUGCAUUUCCUGUUGUAUUUAUUCUCAGCCAUUUUGGGCACAUGUAUCUUUAUACUCGGACUGGAAAUGAGACUUUCUAUUAAUAUCAUUUGCAAAAUAGAAAAUAGGGUAAUUUUUUUUCUUUUUUUCUUUCUUUUUUUUUUUUUAAUGAAAGAAAGAGAAAGAGAAAGGGGGAGAGAGAACAAGAGUCUCGCUCUAUUGCCCAGGCUGGAAUGCAAUCUAAAAAUAGGUAUUAAAAACCUCUUUUAUGCCAAUAGUUGUGCUUAACAGCAAAGACAGGAAGGAAUAAGGGAAGAAAAUAACAAACAGCCAACCAAUGUUUCAUUUACAUCUGUGAAAUGCUAUGCAAAUGCUGAAGAGUGAUUUACUUCCAAUUAUGUGGUCACUUUCAAAAUAGGUGUAAUGUGAUACUGAGAAAAAUUUAUGUUCUGUGGACCUGAGGUGAAGAAUUCUAUAGAUAUUCACUGAGUUUACUUGUUCCAGGUCUGAGUUCUAAUCAUAGAUGUCCCUGUUAAUUUUCUAUCUCGUUGAUCCAUCAAAUAUUAACAAUGUGGUGUCAAAGUCUCCCACUAUUAUUGUGUGGAAGUCCAAGUCUCUUUAUAAGUCAUUAAGAACUUGUCUUAUGUAUCUGGGUGUUCCUAUAUUGGGUGCAUAUAUAUAUUUAUGAUCAUUGACUCCUGUUGUUGCAUUGAUCCUUUUACCAUUAUGUAAUGUCCUUCUUUGUUUCUUUUAGUCUUUGUUACUAUUAAAGUCUAUUUUGUCAGAGACAAAAGUUACAAGUCCUGUUGUUUUUUUUUUUUUCCUCUCCAUUUGAUUGGUGAGUCUUCCUCCAAUUCUUUGAGUCUUUGUGUGUCCUUGCAUAUGAGAUGGAUCUGGAUACAGCGUACCAACAGGUUUUGACUUUUUAUUCAGUUUGCCUGUCUGUGUCUCAGUUCGGGGCAUUUAAUCCAUUUAAAUUUAGGAUUCAUAUUGAUAUUUGUGAGUUUAAUAUUGUCGUUUAAUGCUAUCUGGCUAUUUUGCCCAUUAGUUGAUAUAGAUUCUUCAUUGUGGAGAUACUCUUUACCUUUUGGUAAGUUUUUGGGAUGACUGAUACUGGUUGUUCCUUUCUGUGUGUAAUGCUUCUUUCAGAAGCUCUUGUAAAGUAGGCCUGGUGGUGAUGAAAUCUCUAAGUGCUUGCUUGUUCGUGAAAAAUUUUAUUUUUCCUUCAUUUAUGAAGCUUAGUUUGGCUGGAUAUGAGAUUGUGGAUUGAAAAUUCUUUUCUUUGGGGAUACUGAAUAUUGACCCCCACUCUCUUCUAGUUUGUAGGGUUUCUGCUGUGAGUCUGAUAGGCUUCCCAUUAUGGGUAACCUGACCUCUCUCUCUAGCUGCCCUUAGAAUUUUCUCCUUUAUUUCAACCCUGGUGAAUCUAACGAUUAUGGCUGCUCUACUUGAGGAAUAUCUUUGUGGUGUUCUCUGUAUUACUUGGAGUUGAGUAUUGUCCUGCCUUAUUAGGUUAGGAAAGUUUUCCUGAAUAAUGUCCUGAAGAAUAUUUUCCAGCUUGGAUUCAUUCUCUUCAUGACAUUCAGGUACACCUAUCAAAUGUAAAUUAGGUCUUUUCACAUAGUCUCAUAUUUCUUGAAGACUUUGCUCAUUCCUUUUUACUCUUUCUUCUCUAAUCUUGUCUUCUCAUUUCAUUUCAUUAAGUUGGUCUUCAACCUCUGAUAUCCUUUUUUCUGCCUGAUCAAUUCGACUGUUAAAACCUGUGCAUACUUCGCUGAGUUCUCAUAUUGUAUUCUUCAGUUCCAUUAAUUCACUUAUAUUCCUCUCUAAAUUGUCUAUUCUCAUUAGGAUUUCAUCAAACCUUUUUUCAAGGUUCUUAGUUUCUUUACGUUGGGCUAGAACAUGUUCUUUUAACUCACAGAAGUUUAUUAUUAUCCACCUUCUGAAGCCUAAUUCUGUUAAUGGAACACACUCAUUCUCCAUCAGGCCUUGUUCCCCUGUUGAUGAGGAACUGUGAUCCCCUGUAGAGGGAGAGGCAUUCUGAUUUUGGGUAUUCUCAGGCUUUUUACGCUGGUUUCUUCCCAUUAUUGUAAAUUUAUCCAUCUGUCGUCUUUGUAAUUACCGACUUUCAAAUUAGGUCUCUGAGUAGAUGUCUAACUUGUUAAUUCCCAGCACCGAAAUCUUGGCAACCCACUGCGCCAGCUAAAACAGCGGCAUUAAGCUUCGUGGUGCUUUUCUGCCCGGGAACCUCUGGUUUGGCUUUCCUCUUGAGUCCCUUUUUCAAUCAGCUGAAUGGGCGACUCUGCCUUCCCGGAACUCCAAACAUCGACCAAAAGGGGACCCGGUCCCGUUUACUCUUCACCGAGAACCACCACGCCGGCCACAAGAGUCACACUGGCAACCCGUGGGGCUCUUCCACUGGGAAUCUCCUGGUCCGUAAGCAACAAAAAUUCAUCUGAACGUGUAGUGUCCUCUCGUUCUCUGCGCUUUCACUGGGAGCUACAAUCCUUAGCUGCUAGUAAUUGGCCAUCCUGGAUCUCUCUCAAAAAUAGGAUAAUUUAACCUACCAGCCUCUCCCCAUAAUAACUGUAGUCUAUAAACAGUCAAUAUGUUUUUUCAGAGAAAGUUAUCCUCUCAGUUUUUUCUGAACCAUAAUUAAACUUUAUGAUGAAAGAAAGAAAAAGAAAAGAAAGAAAAAAAGAAAAGAAAGACCUAGCUAGGAAUGGUGGCUCAUGCCUGUAAUCCCAUCCUUCAGGGGCCAAGGUGGGAGGGUCACUUGAGCCCAGACGUUUGAGACCAGCCUGGUCAACAUAGCAAGACCUCAAUCUCUACAAAAAAUAAAGUUAGCUGGGCAUGGUGGCAUCCACCUGUUGUCCCAGCUACUCAAGAGGCUUUGGUAGGAGGAUUGCUUGAGCUCAGGUCGAGGUUGCAGUGAGCUAUGAUUGCACCACUGCACUUCAGCUGGAUGACAAAGUGCGACCCUGUCUUUAAAAAAAAAAUCUGAGAGGCGGGUGGAUCACGAGGUCAAGAGAUCGAGACCAUCCUGGUCAACAUGGUGAAACCUCAUCUCCACUAAAAAUACAAAAAAUUAGCUGGGCAUGGUGGCGCGUGCCUGUAAUCCCAGCUACUCAGGAGGCUGAGGCAGGAGAAUUGCCUGAACCCAGGAGGCGGAGGUUGUGGUGAGCCGAGAUUGCACCAUUGCACUCCAGCCUGGGUAACAAGAGCGAAACUCCGUCUCAAAAAAAAAAAAAAAAAAAAAUCGGAGACUGGUUGACUUAUAAAGAAAAUAGGUUAAAUUUACUCAUGGUUCUGCAAACUAUAUAGGAAGCAUGGUGACAGCAUCUGCUGAGCUUCUGGUAAGGCCUCAGGAAGCUUCUAAUCAUGGCAGGAGGCCUAGGGGGAACAGGCAUGUCACAUGGCAGGACUGGAAGCAAGAGAAAGAAGAGGGAGAUCCCAGAAUCUUUUAAAAACCAUGUCUUGGGUGGGCAUGGUGGCUCACACCUUUAAUCUCAGCACUUUGGAAGGCCGAGGUGGGAGGAUCACAAGGUCAGGAAUUUGAGAUCAGCCUGGCCAGGAUGGUGAAACCCCAUCUCUACUAAAAAUACAAAAAUUAGCCAGGCACAGUAGCGGGCCCCUGUAAUCCCAGCUCCUUGGGAGGCUGAAGCAGGAGAAUCACUUGAACCUGGAGGCAGAGCCAAGAUUGCACCACUGCACUCCAGCCUGGGAGACAGAGCAAGACUAUGUCUCAAAAAAAAGAAAAGAAAAAGGCAUGGAAAGAGAAACUAACACUUACUGUCAUGUCCUGCUCUUCCUCAUAUGUUAGCUUAUUUAAUCCCCUGAGAAAACCUUUGAAAUAGAUAUUAUGUAUUCCCAUUUUGCAGAUAAGAAACUGAGGUUGAGAGAGAUUAAGUUACUUGCUAUAGUAUAGACAGAAUCUGGACCCAAAUUGUUGUAUUGUCUUCAGUUCUAUGUUCUUUCCAUUAUACAAAUUUACCUCCCAAAAAUCUAUUAUUGGCCCCUCCUUAACAACUGAAAAGAGGAAUUUUUUUUUUAGACGGAGUAUCACUCUGUCACUCAGGCUGGAAUGCAGUGGCACGAUGGCUCACUGCAACCUCCGCUUCCUGGGUCCAAGCAAUUCUCCUGCCUCAGCCCCGGAGUAGCUGGGACUACAGGUAUGCACUACCACACCCAGCUAAUUUUUAGUAGAGACAGGGUUUCACCAUGUUGGCCAGGCUGGUCUGAAACUCCUGACCUUGUGAUCCACCCACCUCUGCUUCCCAAAGUGCUGGGAUUACAGACGUGAGCUGCCAUGCCUGGCCCGAAAAGAGGAAUCUUUUUUUUUUUUGAGACGAAGUUUCGCUCUUGUUACACAGGCUGGAGUGCAAUGGCACGAUCUCGGCUCACCACAACCUCCGCCUCCUGGGUUCAAGCAAUUCUCCUGCCUCAGCUGGGACUACAGGCACGCACCACCAUGCCCAGCUAAUUUUUGUAUUUUUAGUAGAGAUGGGGUUUCACCUUGUUGACCAGGAUGGUCUCGAUCUCUUGACCUCGUGAUCCACCCACCUCGGCCUCCUGAAAUGCUGGGAUUAUAGGCGUGAGCCACCGCCCCCGGCCCCAAAGAGGAAUCUUAAGUGAUGAUUUUUCUCAGAGUGUUUGUAGAAAAUCCCAAAUCUUCCCAUGGGUUCUCAAUAAUCAAACAUCUUAUUUAAAGAUAUUUAAAUAUCUAAAUGAGAGAACCAGAAUGGGGAAGCUCUUUGAUUGAGCUGGUUUCAAAUCUCUGGAGAUUAGUUGGCUGUCAUGACUGCCCUCCCUGAGCUCUGCCUUGCUCCCUUGGGUGUGUAAUACACAAUCUUGGUGACAAUACUCAGCCAUUUUUCCUCAGGUGCACUAGCUCUUCCGUGAGCUGAUUU